AUGCAAGAUGUUGGUAAUGGUAACAUUAGGCCGAUUCUUUACGAAAGUUGUCGAUUCAACAAGUUCCAAAGAAAUUCCUCGACAACCGAUAGAGAGUUUUAA